CAGACGUUGGCGGGAUGAGAGAGGAAUGGAUUAGAGACACUAAUUUGUAUCUAGAAUGCUAAAGGAGUCGACAUGGGAGCGAUUUUGAAACGGGUACAUUGUGGAAGAAGGCUGUCUGUGGAUAUGCCAAGACAAGAGAUAUUUUUCCUGAAUAAAUCGAGGUGAUUGGACCGCACAGUUUGGAGUCCAUGGCACGGUGCAGGUGUAGUGGAAGGGCCUUGUGCCUUUGUCUUCUUCCGUUUUUGAUGAUGAGUCAUCUCUUGGUGUAUAUUAUGGUGACCAUAUUUGUCGCCAUGUCCUACACACCCGAGCCUAAGCCUCUGCCUCUGCCUCUUCAUUUCAUAGCCCCCGGCACAUGGUCGAACUCGGGAGCUCUUGCAUCGCAUCCAAUGAAUGCUUUCUGGAACCUGCGUUUGGUAGAAGGGGCUUUGUGGAACCGCCUUCAGCACCUGAAGGACAGAGAAAACAAUCCCAUAUUGAGAGGUAACACCACAGCAGGCAGGGGUCCAGGCACUGAAAGUACCAGGAUGCAUGGAAUCGAUAGCUUUUCUCCAUGUAAACCUGAUCAUCUCUGGGCAUCUCAGCUGCCUGAUUUUAACACUAUGCCUGAGCAGAUGAAGGAUUUUGUCUUGUCCAUGCAUUGUCGGAAUUACACCCUCCUGAAGAACCAGCCUGAUAUGUGCAAUGGACAAGAUACAGAGCCAGGGACCCUUAUACUAUUUAUGGCAAUCAAGUCCCAGGUGGGAAACUUUGAGAACAGGCAGGCCAUAAGGGAGACAUGGGGGAAGACUGGAUGGGCAGAGGAGGAGGCAGGGGGGGAACGGUGGCAGGUGCGCACUGUCUUCCUGUUAGGAAGGCAGGACUUAACAACAGGUCCUCAUCCGGACCUUGAGGCACUUUUACAGCUAGAGAGCACACUUCAUAAGGACAUCCUGCAGUGGGAUUUUAGAGACACGUUCUUUAACCUCACCCUGAAGGACGUGCUUUUCUGGGACUGGCUCUCGGUGCACUGUCCACAAGCCCAUUACAUCUUCAAAGGAGAUGAUGAUGUUUUUGUCAGGACCGGUGCUCUGUUAGACUUCCUAAAGAAACAUCAUGCUCCUCUAGAAGGGACAAACAAGAAAGUAAAGGACGAUUUUCUUGUAGGAGACGUGAUACCAAAUGCAUGGCCGAGUCGCCAGCCCACGGCGAAAUAUUACAUCCCUGAGAGUUUUUAUAAAGGUGUGUACCCAACAUACGCAGGUGGAGGAGGAGUCGUCUACUCUUUCACACUGGCCAUGAGGCUGCGAGCAGUCUCAAACCGGGUCAAUUUGUUCCCCAUUGAUGAUGUGUACAUGGGGAUGUGUCUCCAGAGACUGGGUGUUUCACCGAGUCAUAAUCCCGGGUUUUUGACCUUCGAUCUACCUGAGGCGAGUAGAGAAAAGCCGUGUGCAUACCGCAAAGUACUACUGGUGCAUAAGCGUAGUCCCAGAGAGAUGCUUACACUGUGGAGAGACCUAAAAGCUCUUAUAAAAGAGUGCUAGUACAGAGACAGGAGGGGAAUGAAACGAUUUUCUCUGAUUUGCAUAUUACAUACUACAACUCAAAAGCUUAUAUUAAAAAAAACAAGCUAGAUUUGAAUAGUUACCAUCAGGUAUUUUCAUAUCAUUGGUGUAAUUAUUUGCAUAAUAAAUAGUUCACUCUGUGGUCUGUUUGGUUUGAUUAUUAAUGCUGGUUACUGAAGUCAUUAUGCAUGAGUAAUAUGUCAUAACAGAAUCAACCACUUUUGUUCAUUGCAAAGUGAUGUACCAAAUAUGUUAUGUUCUUUUUUAGUUUAUUGUAAUUUAAG